AUGAAGAAGCUGUUAGCGCUAGGGUUUGAGGGUUCCGCUAACAAGAUUGGAGUCGGGGUCGUCGCUCUAGAUGGCACGAUCCUCUCGAACCCUCGCCACACCUACAUCACUCCUCCUGGACAUGGCUUCCUCCCUCGAGAAACCGCGCACCACCACCUCCAGCAUGUGAUUCCCCUUGUCCAAUCCGCAUUGGAGGCCGCCCAAGUUACCCCUGACGAGAUCGACUGUCUCUGCUAUACCAAGGGUCCUGGAAUGGGCGCCCCUCUGCAGGUCCCGGCUGUGGUUGUUCGGGUUCUAUCCCUGCUCUGGAAGAAACCAAUUGUCGCGGUUAACCACUGUGUCGCCCACAUCGAGAUGGGUCGAGUUGUGACCGGGGCGCACGACCCGGUUGUGCUCUAUGUUAGUGGUGGGAACACGCAGGUGAUUGCAUACAGUGAGGGGAAGUAUCGGAUUUUUGGUGAGACGAUUGAUAUUGCUGUGGGAAAUUGUUUGGAUCGAUUUGCUAGGGUUUUGCAGCUCUCCAAUGAUCCUGCCCCUGGAUAUAACAUUGAGCAGCUCGCCAAGAAAGGAGAGAAAUUUAUAGACCUUCCCUAUGCUGUCAAAGGAAUGGAUGUUUCUUUUAGUGGGAUAUUAAGCUACAUUGAAUCUACCACCGAGGAGAAGCUUAAAAACAACGAAUGCACUCCAGCCGAUUUGUGCUACUCUUUGCAGGAGACGGUGUUUGCCAUGCUAGUGGAGAUCACAGAACGUGCAAUGGCUCAUUGCGACAAGAAAGACGUUCUUAUUGUUGGUGGUGUGGGUUGUAACGAGCGGUUGCAAGAGAUGAUGAGAACGAUGUGCAGUGAACGGGGAGGGACGCUGUAUGCAACUGAUGAUAGGUAUUGCAUCGAUAACGGUGCUAUGAUUGCUUAUACUGGUCUACUUGCCUUUGCGCAUGGGGGAACGACUCCGAUAGAGGAAUCCACGUUCACCCAGAGGUUCCGGACUGAUGAUGUUGAUGCGAUCUGGAGAGAGAAGGAGGCUAUAGAUGAGAAUGCCAGUGGGAGAUAGAACCUAUGUAUGCAUUGUAGGCCUAGUCCGAAUCAACAUUAGUGGUUGAUGGUGGUGAUUGUUUUAAAACUGUAGUAAGAUUUAUGUGGUAAUAUGCCUGAACUUUUUUCCUUGUCCUUGGAAGAACUUGUCAGUUGUCAUGGAUGUUGUUGUUAGGACUUAGGAGAGUCAUGUACAUCCAUUUCAUGCGAAGUUACACGAGUCGUGCUUCCCGAGCUUGAAGUGAUUCACCUGAAGUUGUAAUCUGGUUGCCAAAGAUGAAUGUAAUGGGAAUUGGGAAGAAAGAUUACUUUGUGUGGAUGCCAAUAGACACUAUGCAGAGCCUAUUUUCAAGUCAAUGAUGAGCACA